AAGAAAAUCCUCACUAUGUUGGACUUCGAGAAUCAAAUGUUUUUGGAUGUAUUGAAUGAAGAUGGUCUGGUGAUAGCUGCAAAAGGAAUUGGACUUGACAGUGUUUUCAUCAAUUUGUUGAAAGUGUACAGUGACACUGGGAAUUUAGUGAUUGUUUUGGGUACCACACCAAAAGAAGAAGAAUUUUUCAUUUCGGAACUAGAGUCCAUGGGAGUGAAACCUCUACCCAAGCUUUUGUCAUCGGAAUUCAGUGUAAAUGAUAGGCAAUCUGUUUAUAUGGAGGGUGGUGUGAUAUUUAGCUCUUCCAGAAUCUUAGUAGUCGACAUGUUGAUGGGUCGCAUGCCGAUAGAUUUGAUUACUGGGGUGCUUGUGUACAAGGCGCAUCGCAUCAUAGAAACUUCGCAAGAAGCAUUUAUUCUUCGAUUAUAUCGACAAAAGAACAAGAAAGGUUUCAUCAAGGCAUUUUCCAGUUCCCCAGUAAGCUUUACCCGGGGAUUCAGUCAAGUUACCCGUGUAAUGAAAUCCCUAUACGUCCGUCAUCUUUUCCUUUGGCCACGUUUCCACGCCACCAUUCAAUCGACGUUGAAUGAAAACCAGCCGGAUGUUAUCGAACUUCGCCUGCCGCUGACUCCAUACAUGGUGACGAUACAGACUGCAAUUCUGGACUUGAUACAUUUCAGUGUUAAAGAAUUGCGUCGUAUUAAUCCUUCGCUAGACCUGGACGAAAUGACAGUUGAAAAUGCCUUAUCCAAGUGCUUCAAAAAAAUCAUUAAAUUUCAGUUGGAACCCGUGUGGCAUCAGCUCAGCGGGAAAACAAAGCAGCUUGUUGAGGACCUGGGUACCUUAAGAAACCUUCUACUCAAUUUGACGCAGUAUGACUGCGUGACGUUUAACGUAGUAGUCAAGUCUCUAAGGACUACAGAACGGGCGUUAAAAACUGCCGGCUGGAUGUUGUUAGAUGCGGCCGAAAAUCUGUUCCUUACGACAAGAGCGCGUGUUUAUGGGAAGUCUCUAGAAGAAAAUGCCAAGCCAGAACUAGAAGAAAAUCCAAAAUGGACAGCGUUGACGGAAAUUAUGAAAGAGAUUCGCAUUGAAAUCGAUGCUCAAGGAGAAGUGUUUCCGUCCAUCAAGACAUUAAUAGUAGCUGAAGAUGAUCGAACUUGUCACCAACUUCAACAAAUUCUCGAAUCUGGCUCAGAACAGUUUCUCCAGAAAAUCUUUACGAAAUCAAAUUCAUCCAAGGAUUCAGUUGAAAAACAAGAGCAGCGCAACCCCAGUGAAGUUGUGGAGUCCGUUGAGUUAAUCCGCGAGCCCGUCAUCAUUCAACCACUUAAGGGGGCAGCUGAUCCUUACGCUCUACACCAAAUACUUUACCAGUUACGUCCGCGAUUCGUUAUCAUGUACGAUUGCGAAGUUUCGUUCGUGCGCCAGGUGGAAGUUUAUCAAGCCACUCAUAAAGAACAUGCCGUGCGGGUCUACUUUCUGAUCUACGAUGCGUCGGCCGAAGAACAAUCCUAUUUAACUAGUUUGCGUCGAGAGAAAGAGGCGUUUGAAUUGCUCAUUCGUGAGAAAGGGACGAUGGUGAUUCCAGAAGACCGUGAAGGUCGCACCGAUGACCACCCAGACUUCGUUAGAGAUCCGCGCAAGGCAUCGGAGAUGGCACUGGUUCCGCUCGACACUCGUCAAAUGGCUCGCAAAGAUGUCCGCCAAGUGGUUGUUGUCGAUAUGAGAGAAUUUCGCAGUGAAUUACCUUCGCUACUUCACCGGAGAGGAAUUGAUAUUUUGCCAAUAACUAUCGAGGUUGGUGAUUAUAUUCUCACUCCCGAUAUUUGCGUCGAAAGGAAGAGUUUGAAUGAUUUGAUUGGGUCAUUGAAUAGUGGUCGGCUCUACAGUCAGUCGCAGGAAAUGUGCCGACACUACGCUAAGCCUAUGCUGCUGAUUGAAUUUGAUCACGACAAGCCUUUCGCAUUGCAGGGAAAAUAUUACUUAUCUAAUGAUUCUUCUUCAUUAACGGAUGUUACGUCACGUUUGCAAUUACUGACAUUACAUUUUCCGAAACUACGCAUCGUAUGGUCACCGGGACCUUACGCAACCGCUGAAAUUUUCGAAGAAUUGAAGAAAGGGCGUGAUCAGCCGGACCCUGUCAAAGCGGCAUCGCUAAGUUCGGAUGCUUACACAGAGAAAAAUGCCGAAAAAUAUAAUCCUGCAAUCCACGAUUUUAUGAUGAAACUACCCGGCAUCAACUCUAAAAAUAUUCGAAGGGUUUUAAACAAGGUGGAAGACCUCGGUCAGCUACUUUCAUUAUCUCUGGAGGAGUUGCAUGAAUUGCUGGAAAAUGGUACCAAUGCAAAAGAGCUUUGGGAUGCAUUGCAUUCUUCCCAGCAUUUAGCAGUUCUUCAGGCGGAGCCCACUGGAAAAAAUAAAGGCAAAAAGGGUAAAAGUUGGAGAGGCAAACCUCGAAGACCAUGAGGACGAUAAUGCAAUCCAUAUUUUUUAUGUAUUUGGAAUAAUACAGUAUUCUGUUUCUUGCAA